AUGUUCUCCCUCCCAACUGCAACCAUCCUCUUCACCCUCGGCCUCACGCUCGCCGCUCCCGCCCCCAUAACCCCAAACCCCCUCUACACUCGUAGCCUCAACCCCUCCUGCGCCCCCGGCGGCAACUUCGACCUCUCCAAGUUCAAUCUCCAGCUCCCCACCGGCUCAGCGUUCCACCCCGACCAGAUCACAGGCAGCAAGCUCGCGGGCUGCUCCGGCUACAAGUCCAACGUCUUCUACACGAACAAGUCCGACGGCGCGCUCGUCCUGAAAGUCUGCGGCUCAUCCGACACCUGCGGCUGCGUGACCACCAAGAACAGCAAGCACUGCCGCACCGAGCUGCGCGAGAAAGACCCCACCUCAUGGUCCCCCAAGGCCGCGGUCAACCGCCUACGCGCCAGCCUCAAGGUCGUCAAGGCGGACGACUCCGCGCACGGCACCGUCGUCGGCCAGAUCCACGUCGACGAUGCUGUGUCCAAGAAACCGGUCUGCGAGCUGUUCGUCAACGCCAAGGGCGAGGUGACCAUGGGCGUGGAGCAGAUCCCCGACGAGAGCAGUCUCAAGUACACCAAGGUGGGUAAGGUGACAAUUGGGAAGAAGUUCGAGUAUGAGAUUCGGUAUGAGGGUGGUAAAUUGAGUGUGGCGAUUGACGGGGGGAAGAUGAAGGUGCUGGGGACCGGGAGCUUGAAGAGCCCGAAGAGUUAUUUCAAGGCGGGGAAUUAUAACCAGGGGAAUAGCGCGAGCGAGGUGCAUUUCUACAGCAUUGAUGUGCAGCAUGGGGGUAAGAAGAAGGGGGCGCACGCGGAGGAGUAGACAGCGGAGGAGUAGACGGCUAGGUUGGCGGGU